GCCUGAGAACUCAGAGGCCUGUUCUGGAUCUGCGUCUCCCUAUGGAGCACACCGCUAUAGGGUCGCUGAGCCCUGGAGAGUUGAAGAAAGUCUUCCCCAAAGAGCAAAGGUUUAAAACAGGACACAAUGGCCUGGAGGACAAGAGAGACGAGAGCCCUUUCUCCCUCCCGGGGGCCUGGCCUUCUCUCAGAAAAGACUAAGUCACUAGUGGUCGGUCUUACAGCCACACUGUUUGCCCAGCCCUAGGCAGCUGGGACACUCAGGGGCUCAAACUCUUGACCAGUUUCUGAGGAUAAGAGGAUGUGUCUAUCCUGUCCUCAGCUGCCCCCGCUUCUCGAAGAGACAAGUUCAUUGGCAGGCCUGGGUUCACUGAGGUGGGGAAGAAGGGUCUUAAAACUGAGCCUGGCGCUGCUUUCCAGGGGUCACAGCAAUCCUUGCUCUUCGUGUCAUUGAUGAGUGAAGUAGCCCAGGGCCCCAGGGCAACCGAACUCCAUUCUCCUCUGUGCCCUCCUGCACUACCCUUCUCCAGCCCUUGUUCCUGUCACAUCAUCCUGGGCAUUGAAACCCUGGCUGCUCCCAGACCAGGUGCCAGGCGACUAAGGACAGGAAGGGUCCAGGAAAGAGAGUCACCCUCAACUGCAAUCUCCACUGCCCUUUUGGUAGGAACCUUGUACAACAACAUCAGACCCCAGAAAGGUCCUGGAAGAAAGAGGGAAUUCCCAUCAGAUUUAGAAACGAAAGUCUGGGCCUCCAACCAAAGGCUUUUUUCUGUCCCUAAAAAUGCAGACCCAUCUCUAGACCUUCCCCAUGUGGCCAGCAGGUGGCACCACCAUCGGGGAUUUCAAAACCAAAACUAAAUUACACUGGAAACAGAUUUUUUUUUUUUUUGGUUUUUGUUUAUGCAAAUAGUUCAUUCCCUACAACAUUCCUCCCGUAAUGGUCCCCCCCUUUUCCUCCUCAUUCCCUCCCCCUUCCCUCCUCUGCGUGACUCUGCUCUCCCUGGACACAGAGUGGAUGAAGACGCUGUCAGGAGAGUCAGAGACCCAAAAACAGGCCUUGAGAAAUGUGGCUCUUAUACGUCCUGGUGCCAGUCCUGUUCUACAGGGUGGGAGGCUCCGUCUUCACCCCUCGGAAGCUCUAUGGGGAAGUGACUUCCCCUCUGUACCCCAAGCCUUACCCCGACAACUUUGAGACCACCACUGUGAUCACGGUCCCCACGGGAUACAGGGUGAAGCUUGUCUUCCGGCAGUUUGACCUGGAGCCUUCGGAAGGCUGUUUCUAUGAUUAUGUCAAGAUCUCUGCCGAUAAGAAAACCCUGGGGAGGUUCUGUGGGCAGCUGGGCUCUCCACUGGGCAACCCUCCAGGAAGGAAGGAAUUUAUGUCCCAAGGGAACAAGAUGCUGCUGACCUUCCACACGGACUUCUCCAACGAGGAGAACGGCACCAUCAUGUUCUACAAGGGCUUCCUGGCCUACUACCAAGCUGUGGACCUGGACGAAUGUGCCUCCCAGCUCAACUUGGUGGAGGAGAGUCCCCAGCCCCUGUGCCAGCACCUGUGUCACAACUACGUUGGUGGCUACUUCUGUUCCUGCCGUCCAGGCUACGAGCUUCAGAAGGACAGGCAUUCCUGCCAGGCCGAGUGCAGCAGCGAGCUGUUCACAGAGCCGUCGGGCUACAUCUCCAGCCUGGAGUACCCCCGGCCCUACCCGCCCGACCUACGCUGCAACUACAGCAUCCGGGUAGAGCGGGGCCUCACCCUCCAACUCAAGUUCCUGGAGCCUUUCGAAAUCGAUGACCACGAGCAAGUACACUGUCCCUACGACCAGCUACAGAUCUAUGCCAACAAGAGGAACAUCGGUGAGUUCUGUGGGAAGCAAAGGCCAGAGCCCAUUGACACCAGGAGCAACUCCGUGGACCUGCUGUUCUUCACGGACGAGUCAGGGGACAGCCAGGGCUGGAAGUUGCACUACACCAGCAAAAUCAUCAAGUGUCCCCAGCCCAAGGCCCUAGACUCGUUCACCAUCAUCCAGGACCUGCAGCCUCAGUACGAGUUCCGGGACUACUUCAUCGCCACCUGCAAACAAGGCUACCAGCUCAUGGAGGGCAAACAGGCGCUCCUGUCCUUCACAGCUGUCUGCCAGGAUGAUGGUACAUGGCAUCGCGCCAUGCCCAGGUGCAAGAUCAAGGACUGCGGGCAGCCCCGAAGUUUGCCUAAUGGAGCCUUCAAUUAUACCACCACGACGGGGGUGAACACCUACCAGGCCCGUAUCCAGUACUACUGCCACGAGCCGUAUUACAAAAUGCAAACCAGAGAUGGCAGAAGCAAGUCUGAGCGAGGGCAGUACAUCUGCACAGCUCAGGGCACAUGGAAGAAUGAGCUGGCAGGAGAGAAGAUGCCUCGGUGUUUGCCAGUGUGCGGGAAACCCGUCAACCCUGUGGAGCAGAAGCAGCGCAUCGUUGGAGGCCAGAAGGCAAAGCUGGGCAACUUCCCCUGGCAGGCCUUCACCAACAUCCACGGCCGAGGGGGCGGCGCGCUGCUGGGCGACCGCUGGAUCCUCACGGCCGCGCACACGCUCUACCCCAAGGAGUACGAAGCGCAGGGCAACGCCACCGUGGACGUGUUCCUGGGCCACGUCAACGUGGAAGAGAUCACCAAGCUGGCCAACCACCCCGUCCGCAGGGUCAGCAUCCACCCCGACUACCGCCAGGAAGAGUCCCACAACUUCGAGGGGGACAUCGCCCUCCUGGAGCUGGAAAACAGUGUCACCCUGGGCCCCAACCUCCUCCCCAUCUGCCUCCCCGACAACGAGACCUUCUAUGACCAGGGUCUCAUGGGCUAUGUCAGUGGCUUUGGGAUCACGGAGGAGAGACUUUCUCACAACCUCAGGUUUGUCCGUCUGCCCGUAGCUAAGCGAGAGGAUUGUGAGAGAUGGCUCCGGAAAAAAAAUAGGAAAGAUGUGUUUUCUGAAAACAUGUUCUGCUCUGGGGACCCGACUCUAAAGCAAGAUGCCUGUCAGGGGGAUAGCGGAGGGGUCUUUGCAGUGAGGGAUGAGAAGAAUGAUCGCUGGGUGGCGACAGGCAUCAUAUCCUGGGGCAUCGGCUGCAGCAGGGGGUACGGGUUCUACACGAAACUGCUCAACUACGUUGACUGGAUCAAGAAAGAGAUGGAGGAGGAGGACUGAGCCCGGAAUUCACUAGGUCAGAAUCCAAAGAGCAGGGUGUAAAAAAAAAAAAAAAGAUUAUCUAACCGGCUGUUGACAACCACUAAGAAUCCAUAUUAAAAUCACUGAUGCAGAAAGA